UUCAAGGAAGAAGAGAAGCUCUUCUUGCACCACACACAGAGAGAAACAUGAAGAGAGAGGCGAUGGAAGGAUCAGAUAGUGCUCCGAUGACAUACGAAGAGCACGAAGAACUUCUAUCGUGCAUACGAGACCAUAGAGCGAGGUUGGGCGUUGAGGCUCCCAAGGUCGAAGUCAGGUUCGAGGAACUGUCGGUGGAGACGGAGGCGACAGUUCGGAAGAGGGUUCUUCCCACCCUCCCCAAUGCCGUCAUCAACACUGCUCAGGAGCUCAUGGGAUGGCUAAGAUUCUACCAAGCAAACAGGAAGCCUGUCAAAGUGCUAAAUGGUCUGAGAGGAAUUGUAAAGCCUUCUAGGAUGACACUUGUCCUUGGGUCUCCAGGAUCUGGAAAGUCAACAUUUUUGAGAGCUUUGUCUGGAAAACUAGACCCUAGUUUAAAUGUCACAGGAAAAGUCACAUAUAAUGGACAAAAGAUGAAUCACUAUAUCUCCCAAAGGAUGUGUGCAUAUGUUAGCCAAUAUGACCUCCAUCAUUCUGAGAUGACAGUGAAGGAGACAAUGGAGUUCUCUAGAAAAAUGCUAAAAGCUGGAAAUGAAAUUGAGAUGCAUAAAGCUGUGAGCACAGCGAAAAUAGAAGCAAGCAUCCAAGAAGAGAGAAACAUUAGUGCCAUGGAAAACGAUUCUUCAAAAGAUGAAGGGAGCUUCAUAACCAACUACAUUCUGAAGAUACUUGGCUUGCAUGAGUGUGCAGACAUAAUAAUAGGUGAUGAGAUGCGAAGGGGAAUAUCUGGAGGACAAAAGAAACGAGUCACAAUUGGGGAAAUGCUAGUGGGGUUAGCACAAUGCUUUUUCAUGGAUGACAUUUCAACUGGGCUUGAUAGCUCCACUACUUUUCAAAUCGUCAAGUUCUUGCAGCAGAUGACACAUGUUUUGGAUCUCACCAUGGUUAUAUCUUUGCUUCAACCUACUCCAGAGGUAUUUGAGCUAUUUGAUGACAUCAUCCUUUUAUGUGAGGGACAAAUUGCUUAUCAAGGACCACGAGAAGAUGUUCUUGCAUUUUUUGAAUCAAUGGGAUUGGGAUGUCCUGAUAGAAAAAAUGUCGCAGACUUCCUCCAAGAGGUAAUGUCAAAGAUGGAUCAAGCACAAUAUUGGAUGGGUAACAAAAGCACAUACCAGUAUCUAUCUGUGCAAAAGUUUUCAGAUUCUUUUGAAUCUUCCCAGUUUGGCCGGCUUCUUCAAGAACAGUUGCAAAAGCCAUCUAGCAUUGAGGAGAGUGAACAAAUGGUCAAACUAAAAGAGAUAUAUAAUGUUCCAAAGUGGGAGAUAUUCAAGGCUUGCUUCUCAAGGGAAAAGUUAUUGAUGAAGAGGAACUCUCCAGUUCACAUAUUCAAAACCAUACAGAUAGUACUCUUGGCAUUUGUGAUUAUGACAAUCUUCCUGCGAACAAAAAUGAAACAUCAGACAGUAGCUGAUGGGUACCUUUACAUGGGAGCCAUAUUUGCUGGAGUGGUGAUAGUGAAGUUCAAUGGCAUGACAGAAUUAUCAAUAAUGGUACAAAGACUUCCUAUCUAUUACAAGCAGAGGGAAGUACUAUUUUUGCCAGGAUGGGCUCUCCUUCUAUCUAUAACAGUCCUUAGCCUCCCAAUGUCAUUCAUUGAAGCAGGUCUAUGGACAAGUCUAACAUACUAUGUGGUUGGCUUUGCACCAUCAGCAGUUAGAUUCCUGCAACAGUUCUUGGCUCUUUUCUGUGUGCAUCAGAUGUCAACGUCACUUUUCCGUUUUAUAGCUGUUGUUGGGAGGACACAACUUAUGGCUAACACACUUGGGACUGCAACUCUAGUGUCAAUCUACAUUCUUGGUGGUUUUGUCAUAUCAAAAGAUGAUAUCCAACCAUGGUUGGUCUGGGGUUACUGGUUGUCUCCUAUGACGUAUGGUCAGAAUGCUGUAGCAAUCAAUGAAUUUCUUGAUCAGAGAUGGAAUAUGAAAACUGAGAAUGGAGAAAGCACAGGGGAUACAGUUGGGAAGACCAUUUUGAGAUCAAGAGGGAUGUUAACAGAGUGGCAUUGGUUUUGGUACAGCGUGAUGAUAUUACUCUUAUUUGCUCUGGUCUUCAACAUUCUCAGCAUCUUUGCACUUGAAUAUCUAAGAGCUCCACAGAAAAGCCGUUCGAACAAAAAUAUGUGGCCUAAGGAUUUCAAAAGGAUCGCCGUAUCUGAUGACCAAGCAACUACAGGGACAUCCCAAAGUAGGAUGUCUCUACCAUUCCAGCCUCUGAAAAUGGCAUUCAGCAAUAUUAAUUAUUAUGUUGACAUGCCAAAGCAAUUGAAGAAAAAUGGAAUGAAGGAAGAUAGACUUCAGUUAUUACAGGAUGUCUCUGGAGUUUUUAGACCUGGAGUACUAACUGCGUUGAUGGGGGUGACAGGUGCUGGAAAGACCACAUUAUUAGAUGUUUUGGCAGGAAGAAAAACUGCAGGACACAUUGAAGGAAGCAUCAAAAUAUCUGGAUAUCCAAAAAAGCAAGAAACCUUCGCUAGGAUUUCAGGAUACUGUGAACAAUCAGAUAAUCACUCCCCCUGCCUAACAGUUUUUGAGUCUUUAUGGUACUCAGCAUGGCUUCGUCUUCCGUCCAAUGUUGAUGCGAACACAAGAAAUAUAUUCAUAAAUGAGGUUAUGGAACUGGUUGAGUUAAAGUCAUUGAAGAAUGCUAUGGUAGGCUUACCAGGAGUAAGUGGACUUGCAGCAGAAGAGCGGAAACGAUUGACAAUUGCAGUAGAGUUAGUUUCUAGCCCUUCUAUCAUAUUCAUGGAUGAACCCACAACAGGUUUAGAUGCUCGAGCUGCUGCAAUUGUCAUGAGAACAGUUAGGAAGGCAGCAGAUACUGGGCGUACUAUUGUCUGCACAAUCCAUCAACCAAGCAUUGACAUAUUUGAAGCUUUUGAUGAGUUGCUUCUUAUGAAAAAAGGAGGGCAGCUAAUAUAUGGAGGGCCUUUGGGCAAGUUAUCCAAAACCAUGAUACAAUACUUUGAAGGUAUUUCGGGAGUACCAAAGAUAAGAGAUGGUCAAAAUCCUGCUACAUGGAUGUUAGACGUCACUUCUCCUAACAUGGAAUAUAAGCUUGGCGUAGAUUUUGGAAAUAUCUUUCGCAAUUCAUCUGCAUACAUAAGGAACAUGAAAAUGGUUGAUGAGAUGAGCAAAAGACAAAGUAAUGCAGAAGACAUACACUUUACAUCCAAGUAUGCAAAAGGUUUUUGGUCGCAGUGUGUAUCUUGCCUGUGGAAACAGCACAGAUCUUACUGGAAAAAUCCAGAACACAAUGUAGUUCGUUUCAUCAUCACGAUUACAGUAUCAGCGCUAUUUGGCAUAGUCUUCCUUGAUAUUGGUUCCAAAUUAAGGAUGGAACAAGAUGUUUUCAACAUUCUAGGAGCAAUGUACGGCUCAGCAUUGUUUAUUGGCUUUGCAAAUGCUAGUGUAGUACAGCCUAUUGUGGAAAGGGAGAGGACUGUAUUUUAUCGUGAAAGAGCAGCCGGAAUGUAUUCUUCUAUGCCAUAUGCCAUUGCUCAGGUGGCCAUUGAAAUCCCUUACAUUCUAAUCCAAGCAAUACUUUUCUCAGUCAUCGUUUAUCCAAUGAUUGGAUUCCCAUUUGUUGCAGCCAAGUUCUUCUGGUUCAUGUUCUUCUUGCUCUUAAGUUUUAUAUACUUUGUCCUCUUUGGGAUGAUGACGGUUGCACUAACACCUAACCAGCAAAUAGCGGCACUUUUGUCUUUCUUCCUCUUCAUUAUAUGGAACAUGUUCUCAGGAUUCUUUGUUCCUAGAAAGAUGAUACCAAUUUGGUGGAGAUGGUAUUACUGGGCUGAUCCUGCUGCAUGGACUGUCUAUGGUCUAAUGGUUUCACAGCUAGGAGACAAAGAAGAUCCCCUAAUUGCGGCAGGGACGUCAGGUGAAACAGUGAAAGAUUUCCUCAAGGGAUAUCUUGGACUACAGGAAAGCUAUCUACCGCUCAUUGUGUCACUUCACAUCGCAGUGAUCGUCCUAUUCUUGUUCGUUUUCGGCUUCAGCAUCAAGUAUCUGAAUUUCCAGAGAAGAUAGGCUGCACCAAUUCCUUAUUCUUUUAUACAAUCAAAAGUCGAUUACCGUCAACUCCAGCUUAAAGGAAGACAUGGAGUUGAUCCCAACAAUGACAUUAGAGUGCUAAUGACGGCCUCUAACAUUGUUAUCAACCCUAAAUUUCUUCACAUUUGUAAUGUUUGCAUCAAAUUGUUAUAUAAAUCAAUAAUUGUUAGA